CUAAACCUUCUUUAUCAUCUCUCUCUUUACUCUUAUUCCUUCUCUUAACAUGGGCAAAGUUGGCAAGUUAACAAAGCUCUGGUCAGCCAUGAAGAGACUCCCAUCUUUGAGCAAGCUUUCGCGUAGUAGCAGCAGCAUAGCGGCCUCCUAUGGCGUGGAAUCCGGUCUUCAUGAGAAGGGUUCGGAGGAUCUUCAAGCAGUGUAUGUGGGAAAAUCAAGGAGAAGAUAUUACUUGAGCUCUGAUAUCAUUUCUCAACCUCUCUUUCAAGAGCUGAUUGAAAGGUCGUCAAGUAGUGGAGAAGUUUUGGUGGCUUGUGAAAUUGUGUUGUUUGAGCACUUGUUGUGGAUGCUUGAGAGUGGUGAAUCUCAAUUGGGAUCCAUGCAGGAGCUUGCAGAGUUCUAUACUUGUUGAUUAUUAUUGUUAUUAUUAUCACUGAUGUGGAUGAUUAAAGUUGUAAUUAAUAUUAAUCAUAAACU